AUGUGUGUCACACAAGCUCUGAAUUCAUCCUUAGCUUCUUCAAAAAUAACAUGUCUCCAUGAGGAGAGAUAUACUUUGCUGAAAUUAAGGGAUGAGUUUGUGUUGACACAACCUUUGGAUGAUGAGACUCUUUCAUCAUAUCCAAAGAUGAAAUUUUGGAAGGGAAAUGAGUGUUGCAAUUGGGUUGGUGUUAAAUGCAACAUGAAAACUGGCCAAGUUGUAAGGCUUGAUUUGAGCAACAGUUGGCUUAAUGGCCAUUUCAGGUCAAAUAGCAGCCUCUUCAAUUUGCACCACCUUCAAAGUCUCAACCUUGCCUACAACAACUUUAAUUCUUCCAAGAUUCCUUCAAGAUUUUCCCAACUUUCAAGGUUAACCCAUCUCAAUCUCUCUUACUCCCAUUUUUCAGGGCAAGUUCCUAAUGAAAUUACUUGGCUCAACAAUUUGGUUUCUCUUGAUCUCUCUGCUAACUUUGAUUAUGAUGGUGGAACUACUGGAAGUAGUUCUUUGUUUAUUGAGUCUGCAAAUUUUCAUAAAAACUUUUCACAAUUGCAAGUGCUUUAUCUUGAUCAAGUGAAUCUUUCUUCUAUAAAUCCUCAAUCUUUGUCAAAUUUGUCCUCAUUAACAUCUCUAUCUCUUAUAAACUCUGCUUUGCAAGGUGACUUCCCAACCAAUAUUUUUCUUUUGCCUAAUAUACAAGUCAUUGUUUUGCAAAACAACUAUAACCUCAAUGGUUUUCUCCCAACAUUUAAUUCUAGCAGCAAUCUAGACACAUUGGAUCUCUUUUCCACAAAAUUUUCGGGACAGAUACCCGAUUCCAUUGGCAAUCUCAAGUCUUUGACAUAUUUUAGUGUCUCUUUUUGCUAUUUUACAAGGCCUAUUCCACCUUCCAUUGGAAAUCUUUCCAAACUGUUCUAUAUGGACUUCUCAUACAAUAGUUUUAGUGGUAAGGUUCCAAGUACAAUGGGUAAUCUUGUAAAUCUCAUGUACAUUUAUCUAGAUCAUGCUGGUUGUACAGGUGAGCUACCCUCAACACUAGGAAACCUCAAAAAAUUGGUCUUCUUAAAUAUUGUUGGAAAUGAAAUAAAUGGUAAAAUUCCACCAUCACUAGUAAAUCUCACUCAAUUAACUACUAUGUCUCUUCACUAUAAUGGUUUGACUGGUGAGUUGCCACCAGGACUUACAAACUUAACCAAGCUUGAGUCCUUAGGUAUGUCACAUAAUGCUUUGAGUGGAUCCAUUCCUUCAUCUUUGUUUACUAUGCCUUCUUUGAGUGAGGUGCAACUAGAUGAGAACCAAUUCACAGGUCCUUUAACUAUUCACAAUGUCACUUCAUUCAACUUGACUUCUCUUUCUUUAAGUCAAAAUAGGUUAAGUGGACUAAUUCCUAAGUCAUUGUUCAAAUUGGAGAACUUGAAUUCUCUUUCACUUCAUUCAAACAACUUCAGUGGUAGAGUUGAGUUAGGCAUGUUCUCAAAGCUAAGUAAUCUUCGCUAUCUUUUUAUUUCGAAUAACCGUUUUUCUGUAACAUACUUAGAUUCAAAUUCCACUCUUCCCAAAUUAUUUUCUUUAGGUUUGGCUUCAUGUAGCAUAAGUAGUACGUUUCCAACAACUUCAUUCAAACAACUUCAGUGGUAG